GUGUGUGUCAGCAGAUAUGAGCGGUGAGCUGUACAGUACACUGCGUUACAUUGGGAAACCUGAGAAAUUUCCAUCUCAGGGGGGUGGGAACCUUGAAAUAAGAGAGGCCAGGUUCCCCCUGAGAGCACAAAAACUGACCACGAGGAGCUACUUAGUCCACGCUGUCACCACGUCUGCUUCAUCACUCGUCACGCUGCUGUGGACGCCGCACUCACCUGUACGCCAUUUGUUUGCGUCCCUGCAGACUGCCAUCAUGGUCCGUUUGGUAUUGCUGUUUGCUGCGGUCUUCAUCGAAUGCGUUUAUGGAAGUCCCACACUACAUCCUCUACUUAUGGAAGACGGUUGCCACCAAGGUGCUACAGAGGUGACGAUAGUAAGAGUGGAGGGCGAGGCCAUAAUCCUCUCCUUCCCAAUGUUUGAGAGAGUCCUUGAAGUGCGCAACAUCGCCCCCCAAACAGCGAAGUACCUCAUCACCAAGGAGAAUGGGACAGAAGGUGCGGCGGUGGCGGCGACCUAUCAGGGCGAGGGUCGCGUUCAGCAGCGUAACAAUCAGUUGUGGUUCCUCCCAGCUCUGGCUAGAGACUCAGGGGAAUAUACCUGCACUUACAGAAACGAAAGCUACUGUGUAACUGGGAACAUCACGCUACGUGUGUACGAGUCCAGUUCUGUUGACAUGGAGAAGCUGUCCUACCCGAUCCAAGUCGUAGUGGGAGAAUAUCUGAGGCUCUCAUGUCCAUCUCUGAGUGACUUCAACAGCACAGACAGACUGAUAAAGUGGCACAAGGACUCCGGCCCCGCUGACCCUCGGCGAGGCAGAGCAGGCUCCUUCCUCCAGGAGAGAGGUAGACUAGUAAUUCCUGCGGUGAGGCGAUCCCAUGCAGGUGCCUACACCUGCCAGCUCAGAGCGCUCCUCAACAACCAGCAGUACAAAGUCAGCAGAACAGUCGUGCUCAGUGUGGAAGGUCUAGACCCUGUAAUCACCAGCACCACCACUGUGCCUGACCUCUCCAUGACCUCUAACCCCGGGCUGAGCAGCAGCAGCUACAACUCUGUUCUCUCUCCAGUAAUUCAACCGCCUGUGAUCGUCUCGCCACUGAAUGGAAUCGUUUUUGAAAGUCUUCAUGGUUCAGGAUUGGAGAUGUCCUGCAAGGUGCUCACUGAAUGUCAAAUGUCGGAUUCCACUGCGGUCACAUGGCUGGUCAAUGACCAAUCAGUGGAGUCAUCGUACCUUGAUGGACGGGCUCUGCAAGGCGGAAGGAGGGUAACCAGGGUGUCUGACGGCUGCCAGAUUGAGUUGAGUCUAGUUAUCGUAGAGAUGACAGACGAAGACAUGAAGACGGAGCUGAAGUGUGUCGCCCAGAACCGAGGAGGGAGACAGGAAGUGGUCGCACAGCUUCAACUAGAGGACUCCACAUUCACAUGGCUGAUGGUAGCUGCGGUGGCCGUGUCCUGCUUCCUGACUGUGGUUUCCAUCUUCCUCUAUGUCCUCUUCAAACCUAAAAGGAAAAACAAGAUGGAUUACAUCCUGGCCCGGCAGAACAGCACCUUCUAACACACUCACACCUCCAUAAACAAAGACCUUCUUUAAUGUGUUUGCUGUUACAUCAAACUAGUCUUUCAUACACGUGAUGUCGUGCAGUGACACCGCCACCGCGUCAGAUUUAGUGUCCAACACUCCUUUUACAGGGAUUCUGUGUUUUUAAAUCAGUAGCUGCUUUGUUACUUAUCAAUGUACGUGUUAAUGUGGCAUUUGGUUUAUUUAUAUUGUUGCAGCUAUUGCAGAAGUUUUCUUUCGUACAUCUAUCUCGUAUUGUCGUGGCAGAAGUAUUCUGCAAAUGCACAACAUACAAUUCAAUGUGAAGUCAUUUCAUUUUUUUGUUUUGUCAUUCAAACGCUCCGUCAAAAAUAUGAACUCAGCGGCCACUUGAGUCACUGUCAGAGAGGGUAUUUUUUAUAUUUGGCCAACCCAUUCACAAACAGGAGGGGACUAUUACAAACAGUUCACUAGCCGUUUACAUAAACUUAUUUUUAUGUGCAUUUUGAGGUAUCGCAUUAGAAACGGCAAAAUGCCUCAAUUGCUCCUAUGAGGUUAUUUUCUAUCUUUGUCGAAAAAGAGUGGAUGCGCUAAAUGGGAUAUGCCGAAUAAAUUCUGACGUAGCAAACAUUUAACUCAUAAGUGAUCGGCCGUUUCUGCUGUCAGCGUCUUCCCAGAUAUAUAUUUAUACCGUCUUUGUCUCCGGGCAGCAAAAACAUGAUCAAUACUAGCUGACAAGAAAGAACAAAACCCUGAAGACAUCUCUCCAUUUUUCUCUCGUAGAUGGUUAGAUGAGCAUUAGAUGUUUACGUCUGUUUACAGGCAGAUUACAGCCAUGUGUUGCCUAUAACGCCAACUUCUGCCCAAACUAUGCUUUGCAUAGCCUAGGUUAUUAAAUGCACCUAAUUCACAUUUCUUUUUUGCGACAUUUCAAAAGUUUGUUUAAAAUUCACUUGACAACUGAAUGAAAACAGGACUAAUGUAGCCCAGUUAAACACCACCGCAAACUACAACCUCAAUAAUAAACAUAUAGCUAUUUGUAAUGAAUAUCUCUCUGACAGUGUCACUUAGAUUUUGCAGGUGUACCCAAUAAAGUGGCCAAUGAGUGUAUGUCAUAAGCUGUAUAUAUACUGUAUAUGUGUGUGCUUUUUUCUAAAUGUAAUAAAUGUUCUCAGGGAAGCAUCUUGUACAGUAGAAACGUGUUCAGUCCAUUUGCACAUUUACAUGGUAAAUCUGACUAUAAUAAAAGAAAGUGGAGUGAGAAAAUACUCAGUGUUGAUGUGUAGGUUUGAUUGAAUAUAGGCUAGCAUUUACAAUGUUAUAAUCCUUUAAAAUAAGUGCUGCAUUACUUCAUUAUUAGGUAUUCAAUGGUGUUGAUGUUCUGGUGGAUAUUCUAAAAUCUAACAAUGCAUCAUUUUCAGUGCUUGUUGCAUACAAGACAUUAUGUGUUGGGAGUAAAAAGUACAAUAUUGUCCUCUGAAGCACGGUAGAAUAAAUGUACAAUGACUUAUAUAUCGGAAAUAUUAAUAAAGAGACACAACUUUAAA